AUGAUGAUCAGCCUUGAUGAUGACGACAAUAGUCUUACCAUUACCAAUGGAAUUGCAACCCCUGCAUUUGCAGAAGAUUACAAUUUCGAUCCAAGAUGGUGGACUGGCCCUAUCGAUAAGAUACAAACGCGCCUCGCUCAAAUCCCAGAGGAUACCGACGGGCUGGCCGUCCUCGUCACAACGGGCGCGUUUUGUCCAAUCCACAAAGGACACGUGCAGCUACUUGAAACUGCCAAAAUGGAACUUGAAUCGCGUGGUAUGACCGUCUUGGGCGGUUACAUCUGUCCAGACCACGAUCAAUACGUCUCAUCGAAGAUCCAGUCCGGCUCACUAUCUGCGGUCCAACGUUUAGAGUUAUGCGAGAUUGCUGUGGAAGACAACGAUUGGCUCAUGGUCGACCGAUGGGCAGCGAUCUACGCUUCUGGAUCCGUUGGGUUUACUACAAUCGUGAGCCACAUCGAUAAAAUGGUCAAACAUCACAUUAAGACUACUAAGCCCAUCCACAUAGUAUAUACUUUUGGUGGGGAUAAUGCGAUGUUUGCAUUCUCGUUUGUGGCUAGAUGGUCAUGCAUUUGCGUGCUGAGACCGGGCAGUUUGGACUUUUUCAAUGAGAUGACUUCAUACGAUUCCCUUCGCCGGAACCCGAGAAUCAUCUUCAGUGAAGAUACUACCGCCCCGCUGGACUCGACCUCUGUACGCAAGGGUGAUUUGUCCGGACUCCUACCGAAAGUCAAGAACAGAUGGCUAUCUUUACAACAGUCGAAGGGAGAGACCUUAAAAAGCGAUCCGAGCAUUCUGCCCUCCAUUGAUACAUUUUACAUCAGAAAUGAAGGAAAAUGGGCUGUGCAGCCGUUUCUAAAGCAUUCAAAUUGCAGCCUCGAUCACUCGCUUCAAGCCUACAACAUGUUCUGCAAAAAGCUACAAUAUGUGUUCCAAUUAGCUUUUGACUUUCGGCAUACAGUCCAAGUGCUAAAGUUGCAAGGCCAAGAGAUUAAACUCAGGCAAUUACUCUCUGCGGGAAAAAACAUCAUCAGUCUGGAUCCCUGUCUUUCUGGAAGUCAUAACCUAGGCGUCUGGCAUGUUUCGAGACCAUUAGUUAAAGCAUCGACCGCGAUUGUUGCACAUACAGAACAGACUCCGCCUGGAGAGCACAUCGGCCAAGCGAAGGCUGGUGAAUACCUUCUGCUGGCUGAACAGCUUCCUUUGGACGCCGAGACGGAAGGUUUGAUUGCACAACGACUGCCAGCUGGCUGCACUAUUUCACAACAUCUGUCACACUCGGACCUCAGAACGUCAACAAGUGAAGAUAUUGCAAACACUUCACAAAUUCAAGGCAUUCCUCUCAACGCUAGAGACUUCCUCGCAGGAUCUCACGAGGCUGGCACAGUGUUACAGCUGGGCGAAGCCCAAUUCGUCCGUGCACCGAAUAUCCUACCGUAUGUCCGACCAUCGCAUCGGACACAUGUAGAUGUGACGGUAGAAGUUGGAUUCUCGAAGGCCAUAUGGGAAUUGAAUCGUCAAUUCUACCAAGCUGUCGGGGGUGGCCUGAUGGUGAAGGAUACGGCGCUCGAGUUCCAGGCGCUGUGUAAGGCUCAAGGGUUCCCGACGGACAUGCAAAUGAUGGAUCUGUGUGAUUGGCAUCUAACGGCAUUCGAGUACAUGGACUUCAUUGAGCUCAAGACACGAAAGGAGGACAAAGUGGAGCCAACAUACGAGAGUGCAUAA